AUGGAGCGAGCAGGUGAUUCACAAAUGUAUUAUAGCAUUAAUAAUAGUAUUUUUAAGAGUUAUAUAUUAGGAUGGUUUAGCAAUGUGAAUAUUUUCCUUAAAAUAAUGAUUGAUAUUGAUAAUGUUUCAAAUAAUUAGAAAGAAAUUUGGUGGGGUUUUUAGGUCUAUAAAACUAAUUAAUAAAAAAAAGAUAAGCAUCGUAUGCAUUAACUAUAAGAAACUAUAGACUCUCAAAUAUUAACACCAAACCCCCACCUCCAAAAUAUAAAAUGA